GUCGAAGGACCCCGAAGGACCCCGAGAACAUCCGGCAACCCGAGAACAUCCGGUACCCACACCGGUUUUGUUGUUUCCAGUCGGGCACAAUAACAUGGACGGACAAUGACUAACUGGACCGGUUAGUUGGAGCUGGCCGCAGCGACGGACCCAGCACGGGUGUGGUUCGGGUUCGGAUGGAUCCCGCGCACAAAGCUGUGCUCCGGAAGCUCCGCGCGGAACUCUGCAGCCAGUUGAUGGUCAGCGAAUCCAUAGUUCCGGUUCUGUUUCAGGAGGGCGUGCUGACCCAUGCGCACGUAGAGGACAUCGAAUCGGAACCGACCGACACGAGAAAGAGCCAGAAGCUGCUGGACAUCCUCCCGAACCGCGGGCCGCGAGCUUUCCCCGCCUUCAUGCAGUCUUUGGCGGACUUCAGCUGGAUCCGGGACCGGCUGGUGCACGAGCUGAGGACCGAACCGGAACCAAGAGCCGCAGACGCCUGUGGCCUCUCGGACUCGGUUCUGGAGAGGGUUCUGUCGGAUCAGGAGCUGUGCCGGCUGUCAUUCCGCCUCGGAGCCGAGUGGGAGGCGAUGCUGAUGGAUCUGGGUCUGCCAGCAGAGGCCGUGUUCCGGUGCCGCUCCGAUCACAGUCUGAGCACCCAGGCGGCGGCGCUGUCCGGACUGGUUCUGUGGAGACGGUCCGGAGGGAGGAGCGCCACGGCGAGGAGGCUGCUGCAGAGCCUGCAGGCCGCCGGCGUGCACGAGUCGGUGCUGGGGGAGGUUCUGACGCCACCCAGCAGCUGACCUCGGAAACUGCUCCAGAACCGGCCAAAGCCCAAAGAACCUCACCGGGAAGCGGGCCAGGUCACAUGACCAAACGGAUCGGGAUCAGCCCAAGUUCUGACUCUCUAGAGAACCGACUAAAGGUCCAGAUCCGGGUUCUGAUUCUGGUCCUGACCCACUAUGGUGUGAGGAGGAACCAAAGCUCUGCUUUGAAUAAAACUUUAUUAGUUUGACUUCAGCUGACACCCCCCCCCCCCCACCGCGGAUGGUUUGAUCAUCAGCUGAAACUGAAGGGUUCGUUAGACUGCGAUGCCCCGCCCACUAGCCCAGGUUGCGUUUUUAAGGUGGACUGAAGCGAUCCUCCGCAGGGAGGGGGUCUGGUUCUUAGGUUUAAAUUCAGGAAAACAUCCGGAUCCUUUGGGAGAUUCUAAAUGUAUGACUGUCAGCAAAACGACUGAAAUCUGAGCUGAACUUUGGUUUCUAGUGAAACAUUUUUGGUUUCAUAUUCCUAAAAGAGUCAGCAGAUCGACGUCAGAACCGGGUCUGAAGCUCUCUGCUGCCCCCUACCGGGCAUCUGUAAUCCCGGUUCUAAACGAAACCGGGACUUUGACUCAGAAGGAGACCGAAAAGAUCUGAUGGAAGAAUUCUAAUGAGAAACGGACCAAGAAAAAAUAAAUAUUCAUUCAAAAGUGAAGGAAUAAAAGUUUAAAAACGGAAAUCUCUUCAUUUACUAAACAUCUGAGCUUUCUACUGCCUUAAAGCCCCCUGCCUGGGGGCAGCACGGCUCCGGCGUGUUCUGCAGCACCGGAACCGGUGAAAACAACAAAUAGAACAAACAUGUAUGACAGGAACAACAGUCAUAACGAGAACCUCGGGGAGGGUUCAUGUUUUACAAAAGAAAGAUUACAGAAACAGAUUACUAUGCAUUGAAAAUAUUCAAAGACAGUUUUCAUAAAUAUGUUUGGCCUUUUUGUUAAAGCUACUGGAAAUAGUAUGUAAAUAAGA